AUGCAUUUGAUGUACACUUUAGGCCCAGAUGGCAAGAGAGUUUAUACUUUGAAAAAGACCACUGAAGAAGGUGAAAUUACUAAAUCAGCUCAUCCAGCUAGAUUCUCUCCAGAUGACAAACAUUCUAGACAAAGAGUUACUUUGAAGAAGAGAUUUGGUUUAUUACCAACUCAAUAA